GGCUGCUUGGUCGUGGUCUUUCUGGCACGUACUCUUCCAAGAUGAGCCGGGAAGUUUAACACUGAUGGAAUGACACCAGGUCUAAGCUGACAAACUUCCAAUUCCUCCUCAACCCAUAGUCUCUGGGAAACCUACAUGGAAUUCAUGACCAAUGUGAAUUUAGAUUUUUCCUACUGCACCUGAAGGCUUCAGUGUUGAGUUCACGCCCCCUGAAACGCCUCCUUCCACAGUAAAUAUUCAGAGUAUGUGGCAUCAGAGCGUCAGUGUAGUAAAGUGUGCUGCCCAGGAAUAGUCUGGAUCCGCCGCUAACACCGAGCUGGAGCUCUGCCAUCCUCACAUCUGGAGCCCGUCUGCCUUUUGACGUUUAAGACACAAACACACAAUGCCAAACUGGGGAGGAGGCAACAAAUGUGCAGCGUGCCGUGGAACAGUUUACCACGCUGAGGAGGUGCAGUGUGAUGGGAAGAGUUUCCACAAAUGCUGUUUUCUCUGCAUGGUCUGCAGGAAAGGUUUAGACAGCACCACACUGGCUAUUCAUGAUCAGGAGAUCUACUGCAAGUCGUGCUACGGCAAGAAAUACGGCCCAAAAGGCUAUGGCUACGGACAGGGAGCGGGAACACUCAACAUGGACCGAGGAGAGCGGCUUGGAAUCAAACCUGAAGAGACUCACACUCACAGACCCACCACCAACACCAACCCGUCCAAAUUUGCCCAGAAGUUUGGAGGCUCAGAGAAAUGUGCUCGGUGUGGAGACUCUGUCUAUGCAGCUGAGAAGAUCAUGGGUGCCGGGAAGCCGUGGCAUAAGAACUGUUUCCGCUGUGCAAAAUGUGGCAAGAGCCUGGAGUCGACCACCCAGACCGAAAAAGAUGGAGAAAUCUACUGCAAAGCAUGCUACGCUAAGAACUUCGGGCCCAAAGGCUUCGGUUACGGCCAAGGAGCCGGCGCUCUGGUCCACGCUCAGUGAUGCUCAGCAGGAUUGCACCAACAGUCACUUUUCUACAUUCCUCUACCCAACAUGAACAUUUCUCAGCCUCCUUCCUCGCGUUUCCUGCCUCUGUGUUGUUUUUAUUCUCAAACAGGUGCUCUCGAUAUGAAUAAAAACAUGAACAGACCAA